UUGAUCAACACUAUCAAUUAUCAGUACCGAAAUAGAGUUAAAACUGGAGAAAUGAAAAGUUUAGAAGAAAAGUACAGUGAUGUAGUCUAUGCCGUCUCGGAUCUCUACUCGCACUCAGAGCUGCAGAGAAUCAUGGAAUCAAACACCAGAGCGGCAUUUAAGGAAGUUAACCUGGAUGUGGAUAAGCACGUUAUAUAUUUCAGGCUGUUCAUAUACCUUCUGCUUAACGGAGUGGGAGCGUACACAACCUUCUUCGUCCACGUUGAAAAGACCAAAUUCCUAAUGAAAAUUAUGCUGUCAAUAUUCUUCUCUGUCGUGUUCGUCUACACACUGUACGACAAGGUUCUUUUGAAACGUUCGCAUUUCAUAGUAAAACUAAAAAACUGUAAAGUAUUCAUAUGGUCGGACGUGAACAAGAAGGACGGCACGUUUGAAAUAAAGUAUAAAAGGUCAGGAUUCAAAACAAAGAAGGAGGUGUACUCGAUACCUCUGGGAGAGCUGUUUUUCAUUAACGGGCAGUGCGACUACAACCACUUCCUGAAACUGGUGCAAAAGCUUAAGCCGAAAAUUGUGGCUCUAGACUCGAAAGACAAGAAGAGAGACUAA